AUGGUUACGAUUAAUAAUUCUCCAAUGAAACAAACAAAUCGAUUUAAAACACGUAUGAAUUGCAUUCGACAAAUAUCGAAUUCAAAAUGGAAACAAUUUUCAAAUAUUUAUUCAAAAUUUUUAAUACGUUUUUCAUGGUCAAUACUUUCUCUUAGUUUAUUGAUUACUGUUGGACUUACAGUAUGUUUCUGUUUACUUAUGCAAAUACGUUCAUUUGAUCAAAAUGAUUUUAUUAUGGGAAAAAGUUCAACAAUGCAAAAUGCUGCUCGUUUAAGAAAAAUUUUUGGCAAUGAUACUGAAUUACGCAUUCAUCAACAAUUGAAUAUUUAUCCAGCAUUAGAUAUUAUUAUAAAAAGAAAAUUGAAUACUACUGCAAGAAAUGAUAAUCUAACAAAUAUGCUCAAUGAACAGAUUUUAGAAGAGAUGUACAUUUUGGAUCAACAAAUUCAAUCUAUUCAAAUAAAUGGUACAAAUACAUCCAUUAAAUAUAAUUAUUCAUCCUUAUGUACAAAAAUAAAUUAUGCUUGUGUUAUUGAUGGAAAUUAUAUUUUAAGUAAUAAAUUUCGUCAAGAAAUGUUUAAUUUACUUCCUCCUAAACAUGGAUAUUAUUUUGAUACAUUAGGUGCUAAUGGUAUACCAGAAUUUAUGUUUGGUAAAAAUUAUUAUUUAACAAAUGCUUUACCAAUUGGUUCUGAUUAUGAAGAAGAAGAAGAAGAGGAAGAAAAAGAAAAAGAAGAAGAACAAGAUGGUUCAGCAAAAAUUGUUCAAACAACUUCAGACAAAAUUAUAUCUUAUGUACCACUUUUUCGUCUUCGUUAUUCAUUAAAUACAUCAACAUUAGAAAUGCGUCAAUUAGCAAUUGACUGGGAACGUGAAGUAUUUCGGUAUCUUAAUGAAGAUUUUAAAUCAAAAUUAAUUGAAAUAUUUCCAUUAACAUCAACAGCUGCAUCUGAUGUUAUUACGAAAAAAGCACAUGAUGAAGGAUUAUAUAUGAUGAUUAUGUUUUUAAUAUUCUUUGUUCUUCUUUGUCUUUUUAUGAGUAUUCAAGGUAACUUUCAUACAUCUGUUGGUUAUUUACCACUGUGUGGAAUAUUGAGUAUUGGUCUUUCAACUGGUGCUACAUUUGGUUUAAUAUCUAUUUUUCGUAUUAAACUUAUUGAACCAAUGGUACUUCUGGUUUUUAUUGUUGCUAUUAUUGAUUGUAUGCGUUUUUCAAUUGUAUGUGGUGAAUAUCAUCGAAUAAUUAAAGAACAUUUAAUUACAGUAACUGAUGCAUCAUUUGAAAUAGAUAUUGAAAAAAUUCUUCCAUCAAUUAUUGAAGCAACUCAUCCAUAUUUUAUAGUAUCAACAUUAAUUAUAUCCUUUGUUUAUAUAUUAUUUCCAAUAUGUUCACCAAUGUCAUCAACAAUGCGAAUGUGUUUAACAUUAGCAUUAUAUAUAUUUGUUAAUUAUAUUGUACAUUCAACAUUUUUUUCAUCAUGUCUUGUUAUAACAAUAAAACGUGUAUCAUCACUUCGUCAUAGUUUAUUUUGUUGUCGUUUAUCAAAAGAUUAUUAUACAAAAACAAAUAGAAAAUGUAAUAAAUUAAAAUCAUUAAAAACUAAAUUUUAUUCAUUAUUUAAUAUUGAUUCAAAUUGGAAGAAACUUUUUGCUUCGAUUUUAUGUUUAUUUUUAAUUGUAUUUAUAAUUUUAAGUAUGUGGAUUGCACUUUCAAUCGAUACAAGUUUAUUUGAAGAUAAAUUUCUGCCACACGAUGCUUAUUCAUUACGAUCACAUAUGCAAUCACAAGCAGAUGAUUUUGAUAUGGGUCCUGUUAUUAUGUUUACAAUACCAAAAGCAAUUGAUUAUGAAAAUGAACAAGUUCAAUUAGCAAUGCGUUACUUACUUGAUCAAUGUGUCAAUGAAACAAGAACAAAUACAUUUAAAUUAUUAUGGUUAGAUCAUGAAAAUAUCAAUAAUAUAAUAACGGGACAAGAUAAAUUAGAAUUUCGUAUAACACCAUUUUCACAAAAUGAUUUAAUUGUAUCCGAAGAACAUAAUCAUUCAACAAUUAUAGCAUCAAGAUUCUAUUGUCAAUAUAAAUCUGUUAAAGGUGAUCGUGAAGAUAUUCGAACAAUGAACCAAAUGUACACUUAUGCAAAUCAAAAUUCAAUACCAUCCAUAUUUCCUUAUAGUUUAAUUUUUCCAAAUUAUGAAGCAUUAGGACAAUUACGUAUUGAAAUGUGUUUAUUAAUAUUUGCAUUAAUAAUAUGUAGUUUUACUAGUACAUUUAUAUUAUUUAUUUCAUUUAAAAAUAGUUUUUUAAUUAUUUCUCAUUUACUUGCUCUAUUGGCAAGUACUUUAACUUGUUUAUAUUUAUUUCAUAGUUUGACAUUUAAUUUUCUUAAUGCACUUUGGUUAUAUAUUGUACCAAUUUUAUUUAUUGAUACAUUAAUUCAUAUAUGUUAUAAUCGACAAAGUAGCAAAUGGAAAUAUAAUCGUGUAAUUAUAUCAUUAAUAAUUUCUGCACUUAUUUUGUAUUUAUUUCCUAUUCAAACAUAUAUAUUUAAAAUAAUACGUAGUUCAAUUAUUUAUCAAUCAAUUAUAUGUUUUGUAAUGAUUAAUGUAAUACUUCCAUCUUGGUUUUAUUUAUUUCAGUCAAACAAUAAUAAUACUAAUAAUGAUCAAAUAGAUACUGUCAUGAAUCCUACAAUGACAAUUAUUGUUGGAAAUCAAUCAUUACCAAAUGGAAUCGCAAUGAAUCAUUCUGUUGAUGAAUCAAAUAGAAAUAUAAAUGAUCCAAUUUAA